GUAAAAUCACGGCUUUCUAUAGCGCGCAAGCCUUUAUCGUUUUGUUUUGUAGAAUUCGGUAAGUUAAGUGAAUAUCUUUGGUAAAUUGACUAUGCUAUACGUAUGCCGAAUGAAAUGUUAGCUGAGAAAAAGCGAUCACGCGUCAAGAAAGUGUGUGGGAAAAUGAGUUAACCGUGUGUUAACGCGCAGUGGUCAACAAUCCGUGGAAGUUUAGUAAGGGAAUAUAUUCCAUAUUCAGGACUUGAUAACGUCGAGGUAAUUUCACAUCGAUGCUUAUGAUCGACUAUAUUACUAUUUAGAAAGACGUAUAUAGCGAGUGAAAAAUGAGCGCAUCUGCCUUAAAAUCAACGAUACCUGGAGUAGGUACGUCUCCAACUUCUACCAGUCAUUCUAUUCUUCCAAUGAAUGCAAUGGCACAAAAAGUUGUGUCUGGAUCAGAACCAGGAUCUAUGAAGCCUUUACCAGGAACUGGGUUAAGUUAUGUUACGUUACAACCACCCAGUCAACCUUUGAGUUUAGUACAAGAUCAUAGACCUUCGGUAUAUCAAACACCACCGUAUGUAAGCAGCAAUUCUGAAAAGGAAUCGGAUCUGGAUAAAUUAAUUCCUAAUGGAGUAGAAAUCAUAAAAACAGAAACAGAACAAACUAUAUCUGUUGCUAUGAAGCAGAGCGAAUCUAAUAGAAAUAACAAUUUAAGUCCAGAUAACCCAACUCAAGAACCACAAAAAGAGAAUCAAUCGGAACAAGAGAUGACAUCUAUGAAUUUAGAUUUUCCUGCACUAUGUCCACAACUGCAAAAUAAAGUUGAAGAAAAGAAACCUUCUAUAAAUAACAGUUCGAAAGAACCUGAUGGAACGCCGAUUAAUACAGCUUUACAAACAAAGUUAUCUUCACACAAGUCGGAAGAUGUAUCAGUAGUAAAAGCUGAUAGUCAAAAGUCAAAAGCUACGUCUCAAAAUACAAAAUUUGCGGCAGAUAGUUCUGCAAUGUCACAAACAAGUAAUCCACCAAAGGUUGAAACAAAAGUCACUGGUUCGCCAAAAGCAAAUAAACGAAAAUCUAGAGAAUUAAAGGAUUUAAAAGGAGUAUCAGCAGCUUCAGAUGGUGCAAGUAAGCCAAAAAGAAAUCGAAUUCAAACACAGCCUUAUCAAAGUCCGUUACCAGAAAUUGCACUUAUUGUAAAAAAUUUAAAUAAGCCACCACCGUCUAAAGCAAUUGAUGACAAACUUAUAGUAUUCUACAAAAAUGAAUUUUUGGCUGUGAGAAAUGCAGAGGGAAGCUUUUAUGUAUGUCAAGCAAUGCAAAAUAUAUAUAAGUCAAGCAGACGAAUUCGUAUACGUUGGCUUUCUCAAGACAAAAAUAAUGGAGAAAUAUAUUCACCAGAUUUUUAUGAUUUCAUAGACUUUGAUUGUAUAUUAACAAAUCUAAAUUUAAAUAAGAUCGACAAAAACAAAUUUCAACUAACCAAGAUCGAGCUAUUGCGUACAGAGAAUAUUUUGAAAAGAGCAAUUGACGUUGAGGCUGGCGUAUCUGAAAAACCACGAGUAACGGAAGAACAUCCAGACGGACUUGACCUUUCACUUUACAAAGAUGAAUCACAAUUAAAGAGAAGAAAAAACCACAACUUACACAAACAAAAGCAAAGUUUGCUUAAGAAAUCAAAACAGCUUGAAAGCUCGUCCGAAGAUGAAGCUCCUGAGGAAGAGUCAGGGAAAAAAUCACCAAAAUCGAAUCGUUCCAAGAAACGAACGGUUAAAGCAUUAGCCAUUGCUAAAUCUGUUGCAAAAGGAUCUAGUAGAGCGGAAAGAGCAUUAAACAGAAACACAAAGUCGGGAAGUGAAGUUGCUACCACCACUAAUACUAGUGUAACUACCAGUACUACAGCCAAUACCGUUCCAUCUGUAGAUGCUACUAAAAACAGUUCUGGCAUUAAAAAGAGCGAAAAUAAAAAAAGCAUAAAACAACAGAAUAACAAUAGCACAAGUGGAGUUUCAAGGAUAAAACAACGUACAUCUGCUGAAAAUACACAACAGAGUAGCAAAGCAACAGGACGUCCAAAACGUAUGGCCGCUACCACAGGUAUUCUGUCGACCGAAGAAACAACUUCUCGAAAGAAACCACGUGGACGAGCAUAAGAUUAACGUAAUUUACAUGUUUUUCCUAUGCAACACCUAGAACAGAAUCUGUAUCGUAGACAAUAUGUACACGUAGUACACUCUUUAAAAUUGCGAUCAAUUUAUAAUGUAAUAUAUAUGAUCUCAAGAUUCUUAUAUCUAUCA